GCAGCCUCGGGGCCCUCGCUCCUGACCGCGGGCGCCAUGUUCCAGGGCCGAAGUAGCCAUCUCCUCCACCUCCGCUCACACUCCGCGGACCCUUCCCCCAAGGAUGAAAACCACGCCCAGAGAAGCUGCGUAGCUCCACCACACCCCUUCCCGGCUGCAACUUCUCCCAGAGCCAAUAUGGCGGUGGAUCACGUGGUCCGGAUUUCCGGUUCCCAGGGUGACGGGGCGGAAGUGGAUGGAGACGCAAUCUCUGCUGUCGAUGUUAAUGCUGCCGUCGCUGCUAACGUUCUGUUACGAGUUCCUAAAAUCAUGGUGAAAUGUUGCUCGGCCAUUGGAUGUGCUUCUCGCUGUUUACCAAAUUCCAAGUUAAAAGGACUGACAUUUCACGUAUUCCCCACAGAUGAAAACAUCAAAAGAAAAUGGGUAUUAGCAAUGAAGAGACUUGAUGUGAAUACUGCAAGCAUUUGGGAGCCUAAAAAAGGAGAUGUGUUGUGUUCAAGGCACUUUAUGAAGACAGAUUUUGACAGAAGUGCUCCAAAUGUUAAAUUAAAACCUGGAGUCAUACCUUCUGUCUUUGAUUCCCCAUCUCAUUUACAGGGGAAAACAGAAGAGCUUCACUGUAGGAAAAACUUCACCCUCGAGACCCUGCCAGUCACAAACCACAAUCACCAGUAUGUUGGUGCUUCCUCAUGUAUUGAAGAAUUCCAAUCCCAAUUCAUUUUUGAACAUAGCUACAGUGUAAUGGACAGUCCAAAGAAACUUAAGCAUAAAUUAGAUCAUGUGAUCAGCGAGCUAGAGGAUACCAAGGAAAGUCUGCGGAAUGUUUUAGACCGAGAAAAAAGUUUCCAAAAAUCACUGAGGAAGACAAUCAGGGAACUAAAGGAUGAAUGUCUCAUCAGCCAAGCAACAGCAAAUAGACUGGAAGCUUUCUGUUGGGAGUAUUGUCAGGAGAGCAUAGAACGGGACUGUAUUUCAUGAAACAAUUUCAUAUUUUACCUAAAAUUAACAUUGGUACAGCUUUUUAGCAAAUAAUUCUUAUUUACCGUAUCAUUAAAUAGUAUCCAUUAUUUCAAGUGCUGCUUUGGAUCCUUUGCAGCACCACUUCUGCAUUAUAGUUCUUUGAAGAGUUCUUUGAAGAUGUGCAGAUGUGCAGGAAUGUGCUAGUUAUCAUGUUUUUGUGUGGCUCAUGACAAUUGUGUUUUUUAUAGACCAAAACUAGUGCCAGGUAGUACUCUAAGAUGUCAAAUGAUUUAAAAAAUUCUGCAGGACUAAGGAAAUGGUAUCAGAUUAGCCACAUUUAGUGGUGUUAUAAGGAACUAGACACUUACUUAGCAGCAUCAGAUUUUUGGCUUCACAAAUUUUUGAACAUUUUUGGCUUUACUUAUUAUGUAUGCUUUGGUAAGUAUGUUGACUUAUACUUUAUACCUGGAUUUUACUAUAAAGCAGAAUUCGUUUAUAACUCAUGUUUAUCUUAGAUCCAAUCCAGGGUACUUUUGAUAACAAUAAUACCAAAAGAUCUUUUUAUGAGGCAUCCCAUGGUACUGAGCCUCCGAAUAGUAUAUGGUGCAGAUCUAUUGGCUUUUAAAAUGGUUCAGAGCUGAGUAAAGAUGCUCCCUGAUGAGGCCUCAGCUUUUCAGUGCAUCACUCCUCCUCAGCACGUCAUUCCUCCGCACUAGGAGCACUCUGAUGGAAGCCAGCAUAGCUUGAAACAAGCAAAAAAAAGUCAUAAAUCUGGUUUUUAAAUGGCUAGUUGCUGACAGUUCUUCUGAACAUUUUGUUUAAUGGCUGCUAGUUCAUCAUAAAGAUGUAUCUUCAAAAUCUGAAUGCCAGUACCAGCUGAAUAUUUUUAAUGCCACUUUAUAUUUUACAAAGUAAUCUUGCUUAUAUUUUUAAAAAUAUAAAGUAUAGAAGAAACCAUUUAAAAAAUGAUUGUGGCUCUUCCCAUUGAGAGAGAAAUUGGAGAAAGAGUUAGAAUAUUUUCCUUAAUUAGGAAUGUAGAUUAGUGUCCAAGGGCUUUUAUUUGGAGAAAUAGGCAAGUAAAAUAGCAGCUCUCGAAUAGCUUCUUACUGAAUAUAUAAAAGAUAACUCAUUGCUAUUUUCUGAUUGAUCCAAGUGUCAGAAAUUUAGCUUUUCUCCUAAUUUCUUAUUAAAAAACAAGUGAAAAAAAAUACAUAAAAUAAAAUAAAUUAAAAUUAAAGAACAACUGAAAUUAAGUGUUAUAAAUACUGUGGGUUAGAAUAAAAAUUAGUAGCCCAAAGCCAAAUUCUACUUUGAUGUACAUGUACAUAUGUGAACCUCAUUCAGAUGCCUAUGUUAUAAUAGAAUUUGAGUAUCAGUUGUUUCAGUGUGUUAACUGAAAAUGCAUUUUGUGCUAAAAUGGUCAUUGAAAUUUUGUGUUAUAUUAAUAUCAGCAAAGAUAUGAUCACUUGAAUUUUCUUUGCAUUUAAGAAUUUUCUAUGUUAAUGCAUGCUAUAUUUUUACGUAGGAUUCCAGACCUUCCCUCUAAAUGGGAUUUUACUCACACUUGAGAGAGAAGCAUUAUGCUAAGAAAAAAAUCACUGAGGUCAUAUCUUUCUACCACCUUACAAAAACUGUCAUUAGCUACCAAUUAUUUAUUUUAGUUAUGUAAUUUUGAAUUCAUAAUGGACAUUCUAAUGGGAAGUUUGGGUUUGGAUAUGAUACUAGGUUUUAUGAAGAUACUGUGAUAGAGAUGGAGACUUUUUCCCUCACCCUAUUUUUGAGUAUAAAAAUUAAAGUCAGCAGACAAUGGAGAAAAGUAAGAGGAUAAAUCCAAACACAGUAUAUCCAAAUAUUAGCUCCCUACUGGCUGCUUCGAAAAAGCAAGUCCCGGAGACCAUUCCUAGAGUCAAGUCCCAGUCUCCGCCACUAUUACAGCUGCCACAGUCAUGUUUACAGCUUGUGUUCACAGUGAGCUCAGUCCUUCUGUUCUUUUUCAUUAUUAGUAGUACAACUGAGAAAUUGGUAACUGGGGGCAAAAAUAUUGAUAUCGUCAAGGACCUGGAACUACCCAUUUCCUCUUAAUUCUUAUGGAAAAAUGAUUAUCAGUUGAAAUCUGAUAUAAGAAAUAGGGUCCUCCUCACCUGCCACCCCAAACAAAUGCCUGAAUACAGUAAAUACCUCAGUCCUCAGUUCCAGAGAUUCCAGCCUAGCCUGGGGAAAAACUGUUCUGUGCAAAGCAAAACCAACCUUCCCCCAUCCAAAGUUCUUCAAGCAGCCAAGGCCAACCCAGGAGUCUCAUUUUGCUUUAAAACUUGUAGUGGUCUCUGGAUCCUGGAACAAACCAAUCCACCAGUGCAAUCUCAGCACCAAAUCAGGUACGAAGGACUUUUCUUGAUAUGGCACUUUUCUCCAUAUCAAGUUUAAAUCUCUGGAAAUAGAAUUGGUUGCUAAAUAUAACCAACCACAAUUACACCAUAGUCUUUAACUUGAGAAAAAUUGAAAUGUAUUAAAGUAUAUUUUUAGUGUUAAUAAAAAGGUAAAAUUAUUAUAGAAAUAACUGAGAAUGGAAGAAUCCAUUAUAUAUUUGAGAAAUACAAUAUUUUCUCCAGUAAUGUGCUCUGUGUGGUUUGUAUACAGUUGUUCAAUAAAAUGAGCAAAAAAAAA